UUCCGGGUUGAAAGGUUGUAAACGUCAAACAAACUCGUGCUGCCCCAAAUAAGCUGCAGCAAACACAAAUAACCCUAACGCUGCCCGCUGUUAAACACUGUAAACAACCGUAUCUAUCCCCUCCUUUUAUAUUUGAUGUUAAAGUAGUUUGUGUUUAACAAAAUGUCUGGGAAAGCUAAGGAAAUCUUACAGAUGGACCUCUAUGGUUUACUCGGUAUUGAAAAUACUGCUACAUCUAAAGAGAUUAAGAAAGCCUACAGGCAGAAGGCUUUGACGUGCCAUCCAGACAAGAACCCCGACAACCCAAAAGCAGCGGAGCUCUUCCACCAGUUGUCCCAGGCUCUCGAGGUGCUCACUGAUGCUGCUGCAAAAGCUGCCUACGACAAGAUCUGUGUUGCCAAGAAGCAGGCAGAAGAAAGAAACCGUAAACUCGAUGAUAAGAGAAAGAAAAUUAAGCUUGACUUGGAGGCCAGAGAGCGACAAGCAGAAUCUCAAAUCCAGGAGGAGGUGCAAAUCACUAGAACGCUUGAACAAGAGAUUGCCCGGUUAAGAGAGGAGGGAUCCAGACAGCUUGAGGAAGAACAGAGGCUCAUCAGAGAGCAGAUCCAACGAGAACGAGAAGCCCAGCAGCAAACGGGAGGCUUCGCUCACAGAUACUCGGGAGGGGAGAGAUGUUCCAAGAACAAUGUGACCCCAAAGCUGAAGCUAAAAUGGAAGUGUAAAAAAGAUGAUGAGACGAACGGAGGUUACUCCCAAGAGAUGCUUUUUAAACUUCUUGGUAAGUAUGGGGAAGUUUUGAAUGUGAUGGUAUCCAGUAAGAAGAAAGGAAGUGCUGUGGUGGAGUUUGCAAACCUUAGAGCUGCAGAACUGGCUGUUAAAAAUGAAAGUGGCCUGAGUGGUAACCCCUUGAAGAUUUCAUGGCUUGAAGGUCAACCAGAGGUCGUAACAAUGGCGUCUCAAUCCGGCCAGUUCUUAUCUUCUCAGGGCUCCCUGUCAAACGAGCGAGACUAUGAGAGCAUAGUGAUGAUGAGGAUGAGGCAGGCAGCUGAGCGACAGAAGCUCAUCGAGCAGAUGCAGAGAGAAGACGAGGAGGAAGCUGCUGGGCCAUAAGACCCGAGGAUCCAACUGAAACUAUUUUCUGUUCCUGGCUUUAGUUUCAUAAAGCCUCUCAUGUGUUUUAGUUUUUUUAUUUUGUUGUGAAUUAUUCAGUUUGGCAAAAAUAAACUUUCUUUAGUAACGGA